AUGGGGAAGGAGAAGAAAUCGAAAAGGCGGGAGAAAGCAAGCCGUCCAUCCCAGGACUCCACUGCGGCUGUGACCUCUGAACCCUCCGUCUCAGCGGACAGGAAGCUGAAGAAACUGCAGGAAGCAACAGAGGCCGCUGGGAGCGGGAGCUCGGCCAGCAGUGCGGAGGAGGAGUCCCAUUCGCUGCAGGACACCAAAGCAGACACUCCCCCUGCCCCGCCCUCAGCUCCUGAGCCGCCCUCCCCGUCUGCCCCCCCUACACUCCAGGGCGAGAUUUCGCAUGACCCCAGGGAGUGGCAUCAGUAUGAUGACAUCAUAUGUGCAAAGCCCGACAAGGGUUUAGUAACAUAUGUCAAGAACAUGUUUUCGUCGGAGAGCAAGGACAUCGCGAAGGGUCGUCACCUGGCUGCGGGGGUGAUGCUGAAGGCCAUCUUUGACCUGCUUCGAUGCUGGAGUCCUGUCAACGUGCACAACUUCUUCUGUCAGCUCGGGCAGUUUGUCGUGACCUACAGCACCCCCCUCGUUUUUGAAGAGAAGCCGAAAGUGUGGGAGUCUCUGGGCUUCGGAGAGGUUCAGCCUGAGGUGCUGGAGGAGGUUGUGGCUCUCUGCAACACCGCAGUGAAGCAGAAGGUGGUGAAGUGGAUCCUGGUGCUUCCCCUUCUGCACCUUCUGAGAGGCGACUGCAGACCGUUUGAGUCCCUCCCAUCCACCGCUGACCCAGGGUUCGAGAGCUGGGCGGGGCUUCAGGGCAUCAGUCUGGCCCAGUUCAACCCAAGCUCACAGGACACCAGGGCCCUCCUGAAGCUCAUGGCAGCAAACUCUCACCUGCUGUCGGUGGACCGGCUGGUGGGGCGGUCCUGGAUGAGCUUGCUGGGCAUGGAGGCCCUGGCUGAGUACUGCUCCUCUGCUCCUGUGGACCUGCUAGACGCCCUCCGCAUUCUCUGCUUCAGUCCCCGGAGGGAAACGUUUUACUCCAAACACGAGUGUGCUGAGGGACCUGAGGAACAGCUCAGCAGUAAGAGUGGUGAGGUGUUGCGAGGAACCCUCCAAACCAUCAGGGCCUGGCUGAGAAAAACCUUCCGUAACAAACUGCUCAACUCCUCUGUCUUGUACACCAGCUUUACCUCCAUGUAUGAAUUACAGGCUUGGAAUAACCUUCUGUCUCUGACAUUUGCUGGAGGGGACUUCACCAAUUAUUGGAGGACUACUCUUCUGAACGAUUUUGAAGGCAAACUCAAACAGGAGCGCUCUGAAAACCGAAUUGAGAUUUACUGCGGUCAGACUGAGGAAGUGAGCAGGAAGUUUCCCGCCUUAACUGCAAGCCUAGAAAAAUGCGCCCUGGAUGCUGUCACCGCCAUCUGCCAGGAGAAGUCUGAGAACUCGCUCUUUGACCGGCUGAAGGGGCAGGACUUCAGGAAGUUCGGAAAGCUGGUGUCUGCCAUCAUCCUGAAGGCCUGGCCCAGGGACCAUCACAGAUGUUACCUGCAGGGGGAGGAGCUGGUGGUGCAACACCUGCUCACCUGGUCUGCUGCCAAGAACGUCUUUCAGCUGCAAGGUGCUGGAGAUGUUUCUGUCCUUGCUAACACAGACGGUACUCUGAUGGAGCGGCUUACAGACUCUGCCAGGGAGAGAAUGGCUGUGGCCACCUCGGCAUUUACCGCAGUCGCAAAACAGGUCCUGAGCGGAAAAAUAAGGAUAAAGACUCUCAACCAAAUCCUCAAGAGGAGAGACGCCUUUAUUGAACUCCUGAAAAUAGACUGCCUCUCAGAGAGUGAGAGGUGCAGCAGACCAGGUGCCAUCAGGAGGUUGCUGCAGUCGCGGGAGGAGGAGGUGAGGGCCGUCCACCAGGAGAGGGCGCUGCUGCAGAACCUGCUGACAGCGUGCCGGAAACUGCAGGGCCACGUCACAGUUGAUGUGGAGGACCUGGAAAGCAAACUCAGCAUCAAUAUGGAGGAGAAGAGGCUGGAUGAGUUGAUGGAGGUUCAUCUGCUUGAUGAAAUCGCUUCUGAAAAAGUGGGUGUGGUCACGUACUUCAGCCUCCCGCAGGCCACCAGAGAGAUGGCGGAGGCCCUGCAUGUGUUUAAAGAGAGCUUCAUUUUCAAGAUAUGCUGGGAGCGACAGGCAGAAACGCUGUCCCGCCCUGAUGACAUCACAGACAAGCUCCACCCUGAUGGCAGCACGUCGGCCUCACUCAGUGUGGUCCAAGACCGCAUCUUUCAGCCUUGUUACCGUAGAUACAGGGAAAUCUAUGAGAACUUGAAGAGCGGCCGCCUCAUGCUGGAGGAAGUGGACAACAUUUUCGAGGCCUUCAAGGGCAAAUACGAAGAGCUGGGGGAGGAUCUGCAGAUCAUGUGCAGAGUGGACCCACCUGCCGACAGGCGAUGGGUCGAAAGAAGAGUCCAGCAGAUCGAGCAGUACCACGAGCUGCACCUGGCCCUGGAGUCGGCCAGGGUCAUCAUGGAGGUCAAGCAGACGCUCUGCCCUCAAGGCGACUUCCAGGUGCUGGAGACUUUGCUCAGUGCUACACAUGUUGACUUUAAGAGAGAGAGUCUGGAUCGCAUUGACAAUGACUUGAUGAAGGCCAAGAAGGUGCUGGUGGACAUCACUGAGGCUCGCAGACAGUGCCUUCAGGAGCUUGAUCUCAGGAGAAGCUUGGUCCUGUGGGUCAAAGAGGCUCUUGAAGAUAUCAAUGAGCUGAAGGUUUUUGUGGACCUGGCCUCCAUUUCUGCUGGAGAAAACGACCUGGAUGUCGACCGCGUGGCCUGUUUCCAUGAUGCUGUCCUGGGCUACUCCUCCAUGCUGUAUGACCUGAAACCCGAUGCCGACUUCCCUGCCUUCAGGAAUGCCCUGAUGAAACUGUGGAAAGCACUAGAAACUGACAACAAUCUCCCCAAGAAGCUGAGAGACACUGCACGCCACCUAGAGUGGCUGAAGACAGUGAAGGACAGCCAUGGCUCUGUGGAGCUCUCUUCACUCUCCUUGGCAUCUGCCAUCAACAAGAAAGGCAUCUACAUCAUCGGUGCACAAAACCAAAAGAAGCUGAGCCUGGAAACAGCCCUGAGGCUGGAGCUGCCAGAGAGUCAGGAGGAGGGGCCGGAGCUGCGCUGCUAUUGGCUGGAGGACCUGAGGGAGCUGCAGAACAAGCUAAUGCUGAUGUCUGGGAAGGGGGAGCAGGGCCAGGGCGAGGUGGACCACUUUGCUGAGGCCUUCAGCAGCGUGCAGAGACUAGCCACGGCGUUCAUAGAUCUGCAUGCUGCUGGGAACCCUCUCUUCAGGCGCUGGGAGGCCAAGAUUAGCUGCAGCACACCGAGGGAUGCCGGCAUCAUCAUGGACUUCAACCUGACUGGCAGGGUGGGGCAGAUGCUGGUGGAGGGAAGCGUGAUGGAGCAGCUGCCAGAGCUGUGCAGGAAGAUGGAGCGAUGCCUCACCUUCUGGAGCAGCUUCAUGGAUAAGCAAAGAUCUCAGCAUUACUACCUCAACUACUACACCGCAGAGCAGAUACUGUACCUGUGCGACCGCCUGGCUCCGCAGAAUUUGAAGAAAGAGCUGGAUGAUCAGGUGCUGAUGCUGCUCUCCUUCAUCAGACCCACCUGCAGAGCCUCUGGUUUGAAGGAGCUGUGCGCUGCACUUCAGAGCAAAGUCCUCAGCAGAACACCAGAGCAAAAAGGUGAGCUGGAGUUUCAGACCUUUGUGGAGGCUUCUGGGAACGUGGGAGAAGAUCAGUCUUUUGAACGGGAGGGUGGUCCUCCAACAGAAGCUCUCCAGAAUCUCGUGGAUCAAGCUCACGGCUCAGGAAAACUGGAUCUGGUCUGGAAUGCAUUCAUGAGGGACGUGAGUGGCUUCCUUCCCCACUCUUUAGAUGUUUGCAGCUUGGGCAGACUGCUGGAAGCACUGGCCAGUGAAGGAGCAGAGGAAAAGUAUGAGGAAGAAGAUGAGGAGGAGUUUGAUUUUCCAGAGAGGGAGGGGAAGGUGGUGAGGAGAACCCUGCCGAGUGGCUUCUCCAGUGGAGUUCCAAACCUCAUAAUCUGCCCCCAUGUGGAGGUCCUGACCUCCUGCAUCUGCGUCUACAUGAGCUGCGAGUCCCAGCCGCUACCUACCUACGACGAGGUUCUCUUGUGCACCACUGCCACCCCCUACCAGCAGGUGGAGCUGUUCCUCCGGCGCUGCCUCACGGCUGGGUACAGGGGGGAGAAGAUCUACACCCUGCUCUGUGCUGACCAGCUCACCUACGAGGUCAGCUGCAGAGUGGAGCAGGCCUUUCAACGGCUGAGGCUGCAGGCCAUGCAGGACUACAGACUGGUGAUCAUCUGCAGCUCCGAGAGAGAGCAUGCCUACCUCCCCUCCGCCUUCAGCCAGUACAGGCUGCACAUGGUCCCCCAGGAGCCCCUGGAGAGGAUCCGCAGCUACCUGUCCAAACACUACACCAUCCCGCUGGGACAGCCUAGUGCUGCCGCCGUGUUCAAAGGCAGGCAGUAUGUCGGGGUCGUGUCCUCCAAACGAGCAGGCGUUGGUAAAUCCCUCUAUAUCCAGAGAUUAUAUGAAAAACUUGAAGAAUCUGCGGAGGAAUCCUCGUUGUUAAAAUGCAUUCGCUUGAUUGAACCAAGAGUCGAUGAGAGCAUCAUCCUCAAGUCCCUGCUCAACACUCCUGAAAAGAAACUCACAAUCUUCCAUUUUGAUGUUACAUCAUCGGUGCAGCGGGGCUUGUAUGAAUUCCUGUUCAAACUGUUGAUCCUGGGCUACCUGAUGGAUGAUGAGGGCUGCAUGUGGAGAUGCCACCCAACACACCUCUACGCUGUUGAGAUCCUUCGGCCCUCUCGCGGCUCACACAGAAAUGUCCCGAGAGUGGGUGCACACCCACGGUUUGACUUCCUGGAUAUAUUCCCUGAAGUCAUCUGUCGUCCCCCAAAAGAAGUUCUAGAGCUGGAAAUGAGGAUGCAAGAUGGUACCGCUCCAGAUGCUGAAGACCCGCUCAUGGACGACCAGGAGUUCAGAAGUGAAGCCUUUCAAAGACCCUACCAGUAUCUUACUCGGUUCUACAAUCACGUCAACCUGGACAGGUUUAUGUACGGAGGAGUGGAGGGGACCCAUGUGGAGUGCCUGCAGAUGCUGUUUGUCUACUGUGGCAUCAUGGAUCCAUCCUGGGCAGAAUUGAAGAACUUCACCCUGUUCCUCAACCUGCAGCUGAGAGACUGUGAGACAUCUGUCUUCUGCAACGUGGACUUUGUAGGAGACACUCUGCAGGGCUUCAAGAACUUUGUGGUGGACUUCAUGAUUCUGAUGGCAAAGGAUUUUGCCACGCCCUCCCUCAGCAUCUCAGACCAGAGCCUUGGGAGGCAGCAGGUGGACCUGACCAGGGUCAGGGAGGAAGACCUGGCCCCCUUCCUCAUCAGGAAACGGUGGGAAUCAGAGCCGCACCCCUACAUCUUCUUCAAUGAGGACCAUGCCUCGAUGACAUUCAUUGGCUUUCACCUUCGAGCGAACAAUCAGAAAGGCUUUGAUGCCAUCGACCCCGCCUCAGGGGCCGUGAUCAGGAGGAACAUCAUGACUAAGAGGCUGUACAAUGGGCUCAGACUGCAGAGAGUGCCUUUCAACGUUGACUUUGAACAGCUGCCAAGAGGAGAGAAAAUCGAACGUCUCUGCAAUGUUCUGGGCAUCCAGUGGCCUCUGGACCCAGACGAGACUUACGAGCUCACCACCGACAACAUCCUGAAGAUGCUGGCCAUCCACAUGCGCUUCCGCUGCGGCAUCCCCGUCAUCAUCAUGGGGGAGACGGGCUGCGGGAAGACGCGGCUCGUCAGGUUUCUGUGCGAGCUGCGGAGGGGUGGAGCCGAAGUGGAGAACAUGAGGCUCGUCAAAGUUCACGGCGGGACCACCUCGGAAAUGAUAUACCGCAAAAUACGAGAGGCGGAGGCCAAAGCCAUUUCUAGCAAGCAGGAGCAUGGCCUAGAUUCGGUCCUCUUCUUUGAUGAAGCCAACACGACUGAAGCUAUAAGCAGCAUCAAGGAGGUCCUUUGCGAUGGUGCUGUGGAAGGAGAGAAGCUGAACUCAGGCACAGGUCUGCAGAUCAUCGCCGCAUGCAAUCCCUACAGGAAGCACACAGAUGAGAUGAUUCGCAGACUGGAGGGUGCUGGCCUAGGGUACAGAGUCAGAGCUGAGGCCACAGAAGACAAGCUGGGGUCCAUCCCCCUCCGUCAGCUGGUGUACAGAGUGCAGGCUCUGCCCCCAAGCAUGAUACCACUGGUGUGGGAUUUUGGGCAGCUCAAUGACCACACUGAAAAGAUGUACAUCCAGCAAAUAGUCCAACGGGUGGUUCAGACCAGCUCCAUUGCUAAUGGCUACAUUGGGGUGAUCACUGACAUCUUGUCGUCCUCACAGAAAUAUAUGAGGACCAGGAGAGACGAGUGUAGCUUCGUUAGCCUGCGGGAUGUGGAGCGUUGUGUGCAGGUCUUUGUGUGGUUUUAUGACAACAGUAUAAUGCUGCUUACCCAGCUGGAGGAAUUUCUUGAGAGAAGCAGAAACCUGGAGAAAAUCAGUGCUGCUACAGGUGAAAGGGAUCCAGUCAUCUGGGCUCUGGUGAUGGCUGCGGGAGUUUGCUACCACGCAAGCCUGGAGAAUAAAGACAGGUACAGGAGAGAAAUCUGCAGGCACCUCCCUGAAGGAUUCACUUCUCAGAGAGUCAUGCAGGAAAUCUCCCUCAUGCAGGACCUCCUCCUGAGCGGUGUCCCCCUUGGGGAAACCAUCGCGAGAAACAGCGCCUUGAAAGAGAACGUCUUCAUGAUGGUGAUCUGCAUCGAGUUACGGAUCCCACUCUUCCUGGUGGGGAAACCCGGGAGCUCAAAGUCCCUGUCUAAGACCCUGGUUGCGGAUGCCAUGCAGGGCCAGGCGGCUCAUUCUGAGCUGUACAAAAGGCUGAAGCAGAUUCACCUGGUGUCGUUCCAGUGUAGCCCACACUCAACACCAGAGGGCAUCAUCAACACCUUCAAGCAGUGCGCCCGCUUCCAGGAGGGCAAGAACCUGAAGGAGUACAUCUCCGUGGUGGUGCUGGAUGAGAUCGGCCUGGCUGAGGACUCCCCCAAAAUGCCCCUGAAAACCUUGCACCCCCUGCUGGAGGAAGGCUGCAUUGACGACGAGCCUCUGCCCCAUAAAAAAGUGGGGUUCAUCGGCAUAUCCAACUGGGCUCUGGACCCAGCGAAGAUGAACAGAGGCAUUUUUGUGUCACGAGGUGAUCCCGAUGAGAAAGAGCUGAUGGAGAGCGCCAAAGGAAUAUGCUCCUCUGACCUGAUGAUUCUAGAGAAGGUCCAAGAUCUCUUUCAGCCUUUCGCUCAGGCCUAUUUGACCAUCAGCAAGGGCACAGGCUUUUUUGGUCUGAGAGACUACUACAGCUUAAUAAAGAUGGUGUUUGCCUUCACUAAGGCCUCUAAGCAGAGACCCAGUGCUGAGCAGAUAGUGGAGGCGGUGCUGAGGAAUUUCAGUGGCAAGGAUGAUGUGGACGUAGUGAAGAACUUCACUGCCAGCCUGCGUAUUGGUCCGAACCCGGAGAGCAUCAGUGCCAUCGAGCUAGUGAGGCAGAACAUCUCAGACGUGGGGCAGGACGACGAGUGCCGCUACCUGCUGGUUCUCACCAAAAACUAUGCCGCCCUCCAGAUACUGCAGGAGACAUUCUUCGACCAGCAUCAGCCCGAAAUCAUCUUCGGCUCCAGCUUCCCCAAAGAUCAGGAGUACACGCAGAUCUGCCGCAACAUCAACCGGGUGAAGAUCUGCAUGGAGACCGGCCAAACCGUGGUGCUGCUCAACCUGCAGAAUCUGUAUGAAAGCCUCUAUGAUGCCCUCAACCAGUACUACGUCUUUCUGGGGGGACAGAAGUAUGUGGAUCUCGGACUGGGGACCCAUCGUGUGAAGUGUAGAGUGCACGCAGACUUCAGACUCAUCGUCAUUGAGGAGAAGGAGGUGGUCUACAAGCAGUUCCCUGUUCCCCUCAUCAACCGGCUGGAGAAACACUACUUGGACAUCAAUGCCGUCCUCGACACCCACCAGAAGGAAAUUGCCAGGGAGCUGGAGAGGUGGGUGGAGCAGUUCAUGACUUUGAACAGUGCAGAUUCCCAAAGUCACAAAUACAAGCCACCUGACGUCUUCGUCGGCUACCACGCCGACACCUGCUCAUCCGUGGUGCUGCAGGUGUCUGAGAGGCUGAAACGCGAGGCAGAAGCCUCAGACACCUGGAGAAGCGUUCUCCUGGAGGAGGCCAAGCUGGUGUUGCUGAACUGUGCCACUCCGGACUCCGUGGUGCGGCUGGACUUUUCGGCCCUCCCCAACGUGGAGGCGGAGCAGCUGGCGCAGGUGUACUUCCAGAAGCAGAAGCACAGCUCCCUGGUGGACUUUGUCCUCUUCCAAACUCAGCAGAAGGAUCGCGGACACUCUUCCUUCACUGAGGUUACCACAUUCUCCAGGCUUCUGACUGCGUGGGAUAUGAGAACGCUCCAGGAUGCUGUAGAACCCUGUAGCACUGAGCUGCUCUCACUGCAGCAGUUUGAUACAGAACAUUCCUUCCUCAAAAAAAUCAGACAUUUUCUAGAUUCCACAUGUGAUGAUAAAAUCCUCAUCAUUCAGACGGAAUUUGGUGAAGAUCGUCAGAGUGCAAAUAUCCUGGCAUCUGCAAAGUAUUCUGCCAUAAAUGAAAUUAACAAAUCAGGAGAUGAGCACAUGGCAGGAAAAGUGCUUUUGUACUUCAUCACAAAGCUGCCCAGAGUGGAAGGGGGGGCUUCCUAUGUUGGUUUUCAUGGAGGCACCUGGAGUUCAGUCCACAUUGAUGACCUGAGAAGAUCGAAAGACAUUGUUUCAGAAAUCAAAGCCUUGAGAAGCCUCACCAUCAGCCAGCUCUUCGAGGAGAAGACAGAUCAGCAUGAAGUUCUGCGUUUACAGGAAUGGAGCGGCUUGCUGGACACCACGUCACUGCUGCGCAGCUGUGUGCAGGCUGCACUGAGCAUGCUCAGAGACCAGGCCGAGGGCGGGGCCCGCAGCACCAGGAGAGUGGAGAUCCUGCUGCUGCUAUUGGGCGACAGCGAGGACCUCAACGCUGCAUUCCUGAAGACAGUGAAGCUGCGGCUUCACUCUCUCCUGAAGACCCGGGACAGCCACAUGCUCUCACCCAGGAGCUGGGUGUUCAGGGAGGCGUCGAACGUCACUGCCCUGCAGGAGGGAGGGACAUUCAAACACGCCCUGUGGAAGAGAAUCCAGGCAGUGGUUACCCCCUUCCUGGCUCAGCUGGUCACAGUUGUUGACCGUGACCACAACCUUGAUCUCCUGCUGGACCGUAACUGCAGCACAUCUGUCAGGAAGCUGUGGCUGGACAUCUUUGCGGAUGAGACACUGCUGAAUAUUCCCUACAGCGCAGUGGACCACAACAGUGAAGCAAAGACCCUCCUGGUGCAGCACUCCAUGGCAUCAGAGGGGCGUGCCGGCUGCUCCAUGCCUUUCAGCUGCAUGAUCAGAGACUACCUGGAGGAGCUGUGGCAGAACGCACAGCAGCGGGAAGAUUUCACCAGGCAAAAGUUUGAAGAGAUAUUUCACAAGACUCCGCUGGGCCGGUACGUCGGAGACACAGAUCCAGAAACACAGAGAGAGCUGUUCCACAGGUACCUGCAGGACGUCGUCUCCAUGACGUUGAAAAUGUCCUCCGAGGACGAUCUACAGCUGCUGUGUCGAGCUCUGUCCUCCUGCGUCGCUGAGCUGAGAACCCGUCACCACGCCGGCGACAAGGUCCCCUCUCUGGCCUGGGUCCACAUCGCCCACCAUGACUUCCACAGCCGGCUGCACAACCUCGGCCGGAUGCUCAGCCUCCAGCCCCGGCUGGCCCGGUCUCUCCUGGGGAACGUGCACGCCAGCGGAGGGACAGAAAUGGUUCUGGACGUGUUUGCGGCAGUGGCCUGUGUGGAGCUGCUGGAGCCCGAGGCCCUGGAUUCGGACCGGCGGUGCCAGGCCUGGCUGGGCCAGGUGAAGAGGCUGCAGGUGCCCAUUGAGCUGGUCUGCUCGGAGCAGGGCGUGUCGGCUUGGGGGGAGAGGAGCCGCGAGAUGAUCCGCUACAUCCGGAGCAGCUGGAAGCGGGUCUUUGUGCUGUCUCUGUUUGUGGAGCAGCUGUUGCUGGAGAUUGAGUCUGUGGAACCAAAGCUCAAAGCCCCAGUGCUGGACCAUGUCCGAGGCUUAGGCAAAGUGCUGGAGAGAUGCUCGGAUGUUAAACUGGAAGAAGGCUUUGUGGCUGUCAUUGAGGUUCUCAAGUCCUGCAGAGCUGCGGCAAGCAGCUGUAUUUUCAGGUUUGGGCUGCAACCGUGCCCCGUGUGUAGGGGGGACCACCAGGAACCCCUGGAUCUGCCAUGCAAACACAUCUACUGCCUGGCCUGCAUCAAAGAGUGGCUGAUCCCAGGUCAGAUGUACUGCCCACUGUGUAAGGAACCUGUUCCUGAUGACUUCACCCUGCGGGCAUCUGAGGACAUACGACGUCUCGUCAGUCUGGACGGCCAGUUCAGGAAACGCUGCAAUGCCUUCUUCAUCGACCUGGUGUCCGGCGUGUGCUUUGAGGAGAACCAUCCCCCCUCCCAGCAGGUGGUUCUGCACCUGCUGUCCUUCCUCAUGAUGGAGGCAGAUCCGGUCCCUCUCAUUCGAGCACAUCGGCAGAUCUUCACCAAAGCGCUCUCCCCUUUCCAAGAGUCUGUGGACAAAACCCCUGUGGUUCGCUCUGUGGUGCUCAAACUUCUGUUGAAGUACAGCUUUGAUGAAGUCAAAGACUACCUGCAGCAGCAUUUGACAUCGGUUGAACAGAGUAUCAUUCUAGAUGAAGAGGAUAAAGCAAACCUUUAUGCCCUGUACAUCAACUGCCUGGAGGACUCCAUGUUUGAGAGGCUGCAGGGCCACACAGUGGCGGAGAGGCGGGUGUGUCUGCAGGGCGAGGCGGACUUCCUGCACUACCUCCUGACCUCUGACCUGGCGUCUGCGCAGACGGUGACCGUAAACCACCUGCAUCAGAUCGCCAGGGUGCGUCUGUGCCUGGACCUGGCUGCGCACCUGCUCAUGGACAGGCUGGCAGGUAAACACACCUGCGGCCUAACAGGCACAGCGGCAGGGGUGCCUGUGGAGGCUCAGACUGAAGCCCCGCCCUUCCUGCGCAGUGUGAUGGAUCUGUGCGAGAGGAGCGGGUGUGACUGGUAUCGGGUCUAUCUGAUCCGGAGGCUGUGUGGCCUGCAAGGCCUGGAGUUUGUCCAGAACCUGCUGCAGGGGCCGGACCUCAGCUGGCUCUGUCCUAAGGAGAUCCGUCAGCAGAGUGAAGAUGGGGGCCACAUGGAUCAGUACCUUGUCUGUGGGGAGGACUACAGGACCAUUCGUGAUGCUGUUGCCAGGGCAACGGUGGAAUGCAGAACGGAUGGAGUAGAUGCAGUGUGUGAGAAGUGUGAUGGUCCUCCAGAGAAGCACACAGUGUUCCUGCUCCUGGCCCUCUUCAGAGAGGUCACCACCCUGUGCAGAGCCUCUAACCCUGCGCUGCACCCCACGCCUGAGCUACGUGAGGUGCUGGAGGGGUUCGUUCAGAGCUCCCGGAUUCUGGUUGGCCCCGAGGUUCGCGCCUUUGCCACGGGCCUGGUGAGGAACGAGCCGGGCCCGCUGUGUGUCCGAGCAGGUCGCCCCAGCGCCGAGCACGCCCUCAUCGAGCUGACCGUCCACCUGACCGCGGUGCUGCUUUGCGGGAAAGAAAGGGUGCUGGCCCCCCUCAGACAGCUGGCCCUGUCCCCUGCCAACAUGCAGGCAUCCUACAUUCCCACAAUGCCCGAGGACAUGCUGGCAGCGGCCCAGAGGAUUAUGGGUCCCCAUGAGCGCCUGCAGUGGUACACCUGCCAGAACGGCCAUCCAUGCGCCAUCGGGGAGUGCGGUCGACCUGUACAGACACGUCGCUGCUUGGACUGUAACGCAGAAGUUGGAGGACGUGGCUAUGUGGCUGUUUCAGGCUUCACUGCGACCGGGAUACAGGGUGAUCGUACCCAGAGGGGUCACAUUUUGGGGGACCCCCAGAGGAGGGACAGCCCUGUCGCUCUGGACACCAGGAGCAUGGCCCCCGUCCCCUUCACCCUGAUCCGGCUGCUCACCCAUCUGGCCAUGCUGCAGGGGGCCUCAGGUGACCCCCAGUCUGUGGGCGGGAUCGUUCGCCCUCCGGUCCCGGACCCAGGUGUGUUCCUCAUGGGUCACCUGCAGCGGGACGUGCAGCAGCUGGGCGGGGCCCUGGGGAAGGCCACAGACGACACAGUCAGUGUCGCACACCUGGUGGUCAGGAGUCUGCUGGAGCCACGCCCACCCGGUCCUGCUCCACGUGACGAUCUCCUUUCCACUAAAGAAUCCAGAAGCAGCUGGGAGAUGGCCAUUGCCACCAACAUCCUCUCUCCCCAGCUGAAGCACCUGGAGCAGCAGCUGGCUCAGGUGAACGCCUCCAUCAGGAGUGAUUCGCGUGUGUCCUCUGACCCUGUUGUGAGGAUGGUGUUCGGGGACCCCCAGCUCCUCUUGGCCUCUCUGCGCGGGAACAAUCUCAUCCACUGGGGGGCGGUGUGGAGCUGCAGGGAGAGGGUGACCCUGGCCAGGCUCGCCCACAUCGUGGAGCAGAACAACGGCCGCGAUGCCUUUCCGCUGCUCUGGGGCUUCCUGCAGAAGGAGGCAGAGCUGCGGCUGGUGAAGUUUCUGCCGGAUAUUCUGGCUCUGCAGAGGGAUCUGGUGAAGAGGUUCCAGAACCGGCUAGACUUCACAUGCUGCACCCUCGAGCAGUUCAUCCAGAACCAGGCAGAAGCCUCAAGGCGGUCCUGGCAGAAACGGGUCAGAACUUUCCUGAACACGUGGAACCAGCUCAGGGUGUCGCUGGCCACCAAUGGAGAGAUAAAGAUCCCAGCACAGUUCUGCCAGGACGAUUUGGACCUCAGCAGUGAUCUCCAGGUGCUGUUGCCACGGCGCCAGGGUUUGGGUCUGUGCUCCACAGCGUUGGUCAGCUACCUGAUCGCCCUGCAUAACCAGAUGGUCAGAGUAGCGGAGCGGCACACGGGAGAGGAGACCAGCUACACUGUGAGCCCAGCAGACCUCACUCCUCUGCAUGUGAUCCGGUACGAAGUGGAUCGGGACCUCCUCUCUCUGAUUCUGUCCAACUGCCAGUACAGCCUGGAGCGUGGGCAGGAGACGGUCUCUGAGUACGACCUCCCCAAAAUCCAGCAGCUGGUUCUGACCCGCUUCCUGCAGGGCAAACCCCUCAUCAGCCUAACCGGAAUUCCUACUCUGGUCAGCAGACAAGAUCGAAACUAUGAGGCCAUUUUCAGGGACGUGAAAGGGAAGAUCGGGCAGGAGCCUCUGCCUGCACUUACCGUGAUGGGCCUGAUGGGGGAGCUGCAGUCUCACAGUGACCUGUGCGAGGCGCUGGGUGUGGUGGAUGUCACCCUGGCGUUCCUGGCCUCCACAGGGGGGCGGGACAUGGAGCUGUCCCUGUACCUGGAGGAGGUCCUGCAGAUGGCGGACCAGCUGGCUCCCCACAUCCUCACGGCCCUGAGCAGAUGCCGGCUGAAGCACUGUGUGGCUCUGUGGCAGCUCCUCGCCUCCCUCAAAUCAGAGAGCAUGCUGCGUCUGAAGAGGGACCCGUUUGUGGGGGUCUCAGAGCAGUACAGGAGGCCUCUGGGCGAGCAGGAGUGCAGACUGCUGAUGGGGUUCUUCAGCAGGGCCAGUGUGGACACCUGCCUGCUGGAGAUGCACCAGUUCCUGCUGCUGCACCUGAAGAGUGGCCACGCCCCUGACACCUACAGGCCCGACUGGGGUCUGAAGGAAACGCUGGUUUCCUACAUGGAGCGGGAAGGCCAGGAGAUCCCCCUCGACAUGGAGGAGUUCUUCCCCGAAGAGAUCGGUCUUUCCCAGCUGCUGGAGACCUGGAAAUUCACUGUCUCCUUCAAGCAGGAGCAGAGACAGCAGAGAUGA